ACAGAGGAUAAAUACCACAGGUGGUAGUUAUAGUUGAUUAAAAAAAAUUGAGACAGAAAUAAUGAACAAGUGACAGAAACAAACCUGUAGAAAUUAGAAAUGAGUUAUGUGAAACUGAAAAGUGGUCGUGGUACUUCAUAAUAUCCGAAUUUUCUGUUAAAAUUGUUUAAAUUGGUUCACUUCAUUCUGUUCAAAGUAACUAAUAUUUUAAGGUUGUGUUUUUGUAAAUCUUAUGAAUUUAAGUACAAAAUGAUUAAGUUAUUGCUAAUAUUAAUGUUGACCACGUUUGGUUAUGCAUUUGCAAACGACAGUUUUUUAGCGCAUCCAAAGUAUCUGACUCACGAGGAAGUUGAUGAACUUUUUAAAUCAUUAGAGAAAUCGUACAGCAAUUUAACAAAAGUACACAGUAUAGGAAAGUCUGUUCUUGGAAAAGAUCUUUUAGUCUUGGAGGUAUCCAGCAAUGUUCACGAAAGAAGACCUCUGAAACCUAUGUUUAAGUAUGUUGGAAACAUGCAUGGAGAUGAAGCAAUCGGCAGAGAGCUGAUUAUUUUCCUAGGACAGUAUUUGUUAAACAAUUAUAAUGAAGACUCGAGAGUUAAAGCCCUUCUUGAUUCCGUUGAUAUAUUUCUUAUGCCAUCUAUGAAUCCUGAUGGAUUUGCUGUAUCUAAGGAAGGAUCAUGUGAAUCUGAUAAUUCCUAUAGAGGUAGAAAUAAUGCGAAUAAUGUGGACCUGAACAGAGAUUUUCCUGAUCAAUUUGAUCACACUUCAUGGAAUGUAGGUCGUCAACCUGAGACACUGGCUCUGAUGUCAUGGAUAAGAAAAACUCCAUUUGUUCUAUCUGGCAAUUUGCAUGGUGGAGCUGUUGUUGCUAGCUAUCCAUAUGAUGAUUCCAGUGUUGGUUACGAAUGCUGUCAUGAGAGCAAAACUCCAGAUGAUGCAGUUUUCAAAGCCCUUGCUCUUAGAUAUGCAUCUAAAAAUCCCUUAAUGCAUGCAGGAAACUCUUGUGAGACUGACAACUUUACAGACGGAAUAACUAAUGGAGCGUUUUGGUAUGAAGUAAAAGGUGGUAUGCAAGACUUCAAUUAUGUCAACUCUAGCUGUUUUGAGGUUACGUUUGAGCUCAGUUGCUGUAAAUAUCCAAAUGCUUCAGAUUUACCACAGUAUUGGAAAGACAACAAGGAUUCCUUGAUUUCUUUUAUCGAAGGUGCUCUCUGGGGAGUUAAAGGUUAUGUGAAAGAAUCAUUCACUGGUGAAACUAUACCAUUUGCAACAGUAGAAGUAAAAGGCAUAAACCACACUGUUUCAUCAAGUAUGGAUGGGGAAUACUGGAGACUUCUGCUUCCUGGAGAUUAUGAGCUGAGGGCUUUAGCUCCUGGAUAUGAAGCUACUAAUUGGACCCAUGUGAAAGUAGAAGAAAACAAAACUUCUGUGCUGAACAUUACUGUGACAAAUUUGCCAGAAGGUGCCAUUUAUGGGAUAUCCAGCCUAAAAGAUACUUCUCUAUUGGCAACAUCAGAGGUAAAGCUGGAGCAUCUCAUCAGGAACAGAACAGACCAGUUUGGUUUCGUGAUACCACAGACAUUUGCACAUCAUCACUAUGCAGCUCUGGAGAAGGAACUGCAGAACUUGGCUGAGGAGUAUCCAAGUAUCACUCGGCUCUACUCUAUUGGUGAGAGUGUGCAACAUAGACAACUCUAUGUGCUGGAGAUAUCUGACCGUCCCGGUGUCCAUCAACCAGGAAAGCCAGAGUUCAAGUACAUAGCCAACAUGCACGGAAAUGAAGCUGUGGGACGGGAACUGCUACUACUUCUGGCUCAAUACUUAUGCCAGAACUACCAGACAGAUCCUCGAGUCACUCGACUUGUCAGCUCAGUUCGUAUACAUCUCAUGCCCUCCAUGAAUCCUGAUGGCUUUGAAGUAUCAUCUGAAGGAGAUGCAACUAGUUUGACUGGUCGAAACAACGCAAACAAAGUAGAUCUGAACAGAGAUUUUCCAGACCAGUAUUUGGAUGAAUCCCCUGUAAAAGUUGAAAAACUAAAGCAGCCUGAAACUAAGGCUAUCAUGGAUUGGUUGCACCAGUACCCAUUCGUGUUAUCAGCAAAUUUACAUGGUGGUGCUUUAGUUGCUAAUUAUCCUUAUGAUGAUAAUCCAGAGAUGAGGAAUGGUAUUGAAAAUCUUAGUCCUGAUAACGAUGUUUUUGUAUUGCUUGCCAGAACCUACUCUGAUGCACAUCCCACAAUGCACUUGGGUGAACCAUGCCCUGGAUUACCCAAUGAACGGUUUCAUGACGGCAUAGUGAAUGGUGCAAAGUGGUAUGUCGUGUCAGGUGGCAUGCAAGAUUACAAUUACCAACAUUCCAACUGUCUUGAGAUAACUCUGGAAGUGGGAUGUUUCAAGUACCCAAACCACACAGAACUCGCUAAGUACUGGAUGGACAACAGAGAACCUCUUCUUAGAUUUAUGGAACAGAUUCAUCGUGGUGUUCACGGGUUCGUACGAAGCACGGAAGGAAAUGCAAUCGCAAAUGCAAGCAUAACCGCCCUUGGAAUUGAUCACAAAGUGACUACAGCCAAGGAUGGAGACUACUGGCGUAUUCUAGCUCCUGGCACUUAUGACAUCACUGCUUCUCAUAAAGACUAUCUGAGCCAUACUCAGAGAGUGACGAUUUUGAACGACACUGUAGGAGUCUCACUCAACUUCACUUUGGACCGUAAUGAUCCACGCAGUUGGGCAAUCGCAUAUGACUUUGGCAUCACACAAAAUGUAUUUGCUACUGACCAUUACCUAAGAGAUGAAGAGAUACUUGCUGAGUUGGAGCGUCUAGAGCAGACACAGCCCCGGGUAGCUCAGUACUAUAGAACUGGUGACUUUGCAGGCAUCGGCAUUCCUUCUCUCAAAGUUUCUCAUCAGGUAGGAGGCCCUUCUGAAUGGAAAGUGAAGAUUGCUGUGAUUGGUGGAAUGUUUUCAACAGAGCCAAUAGGUCGAGAGUUGAGCAUACGCCUAGCUAGGCACUUGGUGAGAGGAUUUGAGGACAGUCCUCCACACAUUGUUCAGCUACUCAACUCUUCUGUCAUACACUUGUACCCUGAGAUUGAUGAGAUACAUACAUCUCUUCAACAUAACAUGAAAUGUCUAAUGGAUGCUUCCCUCAACAAAGUUGGUUCUGCAAUACUCUCAAAUCAAACAAUCAAGAACCAAUAUGCUAACCUAUUCCUUUCUAUUCUCAACGCAGAGAAGUUUGAUGUAAUAGUCAUCUUGGAAGGUGGAGGGCCAACUACUAUAGUGUCACCAAAGCCAAUUGACUCAGUCACACAAAAAGUAUACGAAAUGUUCACUCAUGCCUUCGUCUCUGGUACAAAUGAGAUUCCUUUCCAACCUUCAGAUGAAUGUUCUAUGGAUUCAAGCAAGGAUUGGAAAUUAAGUUUAUUGAAUAAUCUCUACAUUCAGACUAGAUCAAUUAUUAUGUCAGCUAGAUUGAGCUGUUGUCAUUUUGUUCCUAUUCAUGAUGUCCCGGAUCUCUGGAUGUCUUCCCUCUCAUCCUUAAUGGGCCUGCUCUCCUCUUUCACUCAAGGUGUGAAGGGGCGUGUGAUUGAUGAUCGAGGGGAAGUAAUGAGAGAAGCCAGGAUUCAGGUCAACAGCUCCUUACAUGAGUAUAGAGUCACUUCUAACCUAGCUUAUUACAAUAUCAUUCUACCUCCUGGUUCAUACCAGCUUCAGUUCACUUGCAGACAUCACGAGGUAGCAUUAGUUGAUGUCGUGGUCACACCCAAGGUGAUGCUGGAAUACACAGUUGUUAUGAAAAGACUGCCUGUUAAUGUGUACAGCUCUGACAUCCAAACACCUUUAAAAUUGACUGGUAUUAGUGGAUAUGUCAUAGACUCUGGUAGUCACCCAGUUCCAAAUGCAAAUGUUAAAGUCCAAAAUACCUCUGGAUCUUCAGAUACGGAGGGGUUUUUCUGGAUACCCUUGGCUCAAGGUGAAUACACUGUACAUGCUGAGGCAGAAGGCUAUAACAGUGUCACGAAACUGGUGUCAGUUAUGUCUCAUGCUGCAAGUAAAGUUGUCUUCAAGCUGACUCGAGAUCAACAAGUCAUGGGUUUGCCCAGACUGGUCUUCAUAUUUUUAGCAGGAAUGGUGGGAAUGAUGUUUCUUGGUAUAUUCCUGGGCUGUUACUUAGUCUGCAAAAGACGUAAACUCUCUGAGGAUGGGUUUUCACUCUUAUCUCAACGCAAUUCAUUUUUCGACGAUGAUGAAGAAAAGGAAUUAUUCAAAACUCCACUUGGAGGUUUGAGUGAGAGCAGGAAACUAGUUACACAUGCUUACCAUGAUGAGAGUGACAUAGAAUAUGAUGACAACAGCGACUCUGAAGAGGAUCUCAUGAUUAUAGACUCAGUGAAGAAAUGAUCAGUUUUCUCUUUGGCUAGCUUUAUUUUUAAAUAUCCUUUAAUUGAAGAUGUGUAAAGUAACAUAUGUAACUAUUCACAGCAUGUACUGUAUAUACUGUGAAGAUAAUGUUCAUGCCUCUCAUUGUUUGAUACUUCGAGUUAUAAUAUGAAGAUGUUGUUUGGUGAUUUAUUAUUUUUCUGUUUUGGGAGAUUUAGUUGUAGUAGUGAUGUGAGAAAACAGAAGAUCAAUUUUCAUAAUAUUAUUUAAAGACAGUCGAUGGUUGAUAAUCAGCACUUAGACAAAUUGCAAUUUUUGUUUAUUUGUUAUAUUCCUAUAUAACAUUCCUUUAUUUAUAAUGUAUUCUAAAGAACUUAAAGUUGAGGGUAGGAAGUUAUGACUGAGGCCUUAAAUACUCUUUGUAACCAUUGUUAUUUUUACUCUUGAAUUGGGUUACCAUGUAUCAUUCCUCUACCCUUUUUCCAAAGAACUGUAGAAGAUCUGAUACAAUUUUUAACGUUAUCGAAAUCUUGUAUAUGUUGUCAUAUUCAAAGUGUUUUCUAGGAUAGAAUAGCCGUCCCUAGUGAGGUAUACAAUUAUUAUGUAUACAUUGUUUGCAUUAAUCUGUAGAGCUCAUAGUUCUAAGGUUCUUGUAGUGAAUCAUCAAUCAGGCGUGCUUAAAUGAAUCUCAGUUUCAUACUCUAAAGUACUUAUUUUAAAAUUUCAUUUUAGUUUAGGGGCAUUUAACACUUAUUCAUCCAAGAAGAGGUGCCAUUUUUAUCAUGUACAUUAUUAGUGGUUAUAUAUCAGUAACCUGAAUUUAAACUAUCCCAAUUGUAUUUAUGACACAUUAAGCUUUCAAAUACUAAUGCUAAACUGCCAUGAAAUAACAAAACAACUACAAUGAGCAGUGACAAAUGUUAUAAAAAAUACUCUUUAAUAAUAUUAAAAAUGUAUAUUAAUUCUAUAAUUGUAAAACUAAAUUAUCUAUGUAAUGCAAUUGUAGGUUUGUAGCAUUGUGUCUAGCAUAAGUUGUUACUAUGUAAAUUCAUCCAUUGUAAAUUUAUAAAAUUCAUGCAAGCUAUAAAAAGCAUUUUUAAUCAA